AUGUCCAAUGGCGAGUGCUGUGCAUUUAUGCGCCUAAUACGGCGCAAGAAAAGAGCCAGGCUCUCGACCCAAGAUGUACUCCUGCAAAUCAGAGAAGAGGUACUGAGCAAUAUCCCGCUCAAUGGAGAGCACAUCAUCAUGGCACUGGACGUCAAAGGCGCCUUUGACAACGUAAGCCACAAAGCCAUCCUGACAGGACUAGACAACCUAAAUUGCAGCAUGAAAAUACACGGCUACGUCAAGGCAUUUUUGUCCAACAGAAUAGCAACAAUCGGCCUGGGCGAGCUGAGAUCCGAAAAGUUCCACACCCCAAACAAAGGCACACCGCAGGGAUCGGUCAUCUCACCCAUCCUGUUCAAUGUUGCCAUGAUUGGACUGGCCCAACAGCUAGACCAAAUCGACGGCCCCGUCAAGGCAUGA